UUAUAUAAAAUAUUAGAGCAGUUCGAGCAUUUGUGAACUAUGUCUUUAUGUCCAAUAUUUAAAAAUCACUAUUUAUAUUAACUGUCUGUGCCAAAUAUUUCUAGAACAGCAAUUUUGAACGUAUAUUAGAGAAUCAAAAUUAUUUGACAGCUUUUAUAAACGUUCUCUAUGUGUUCAUUUUUUCGUUUUUUGUUUCGUGUAGCUUUAAUUUACAAUUUAAUGAAUGCAAUUUUUAGCAAACAUGAUAUAUAUCUUGGAUAAAUUGCACAAUAUUUGCAUUUAAAGUUAUUGUUAACUGAUACUCCUUUCUUGAAAUUGCCACUAACAGGUUUGGAAAUGCGAACACUAUCCACACCAUCAAAGAGCUGAGAUUCAAUGGCAUUUUUUUCUUUACGAUAUCGUCCCAAAUACAUAUUUUUACUUUUAUUUUGCGUUGGAACAUAUGUUUUAUUUAGUUAUUAUUUCACGCAAGAAAUACUUGAGCCUCGAAAUGGUACACCAAAUUCAGUCAUAAGUUCUGCCCUUAAGACCAUCCCGAAAAUUGACCAAAUUCAUUUGGAAACUGGCAAAGUACCUGUCUAUAAUGAAGAUAUUUUACUGAAUGCUGAUGUUCGCAAACUAACUCGGGCAAACAACCACAUACAGUAUGAAAAUAUAAAUCCAGAUACAAAUUUUUAUUUACGUAACAAGCUAAGUGAAAUUACCACAAAUGCUCCUACAUAUCCUCCGAUGAAACCAGAUUCUCAAGAAUUUCUCAAUCUUUGGUCUGAUAAUCAUAAAGAUCACAUUUUUACUAAGGCUCUUACAUAUCCUCCAAGGAAACCAAAUUCUCAAGGAUAUCUUGAUCGUUGGUCCGAUAGUCGUAAAGAUCAAAUUUUGACAAAUGCUCCUACAUACCCACCGGUGAAACCAGAUUCUCAAGAGUUCUUUGAUCUUUGGUCUGAUAAUCGUAAAGACCGCAUUUUUACUAAUGCUCUUAUAUAUCCUGCAAAGAAGCCAAAUUCUCUAGGAUAUCUUGAUCGUUGGUCCGAUAGUCGUAAAGAUCAAAUUUUGUCAAAUGCUCCUACAUACCCUCCAAUGCAACCAUAUUCUCAAGGAUUUCUUGAUGUUUGGCCCAACAGUCGCAAAGAUCAUAUUUCAACAAAAACUCCAACAACAACUGGGCAGCAAUCAAACACUAAUGGUGCUUUAGGUUCCACAUUUGAAACUAUACAUGAAAACAACACGUAUCCGAAAACUUUAACAACUUCAUAUCAGUUUGCAAAACCUACCAAAAAUCCCGCUUUCAUAAUAGAUACUCAAGGUUGCAGAAUACCAAAAUUAGAUCCUUGGGAUCCAACAAUACUUCAAUUCAUUGAAAUCCUUGAUCCAUUAACCUGCUCUGGUCGUCCUUUGUUCAUAACUCCUGACCCAAAUGGAGCAGUUCAUCUGAAUGUGUCAAUAUUAGAAAAAUAUUAUAAUUCUAGUAUUGAUGACGUACAAUGUUUUUAUGCAGGCAUUGGACGAUAUUAUGAACCUAGCAUGAUUAGAGAAGAAUUCGUUUAUUUGACUGUUCAAAAACAAUUAGAAUUUGAUAGACCAAUUGAUUAUGACCAUAUAGCAGUAACAUGUAAUUUUAGCAAUAAUUAUACUCAUGAGCAGUAUAUACCUCUUGUAAGACUUAAAGACAAAAAUGAAGAUAAUGCUAGCACAAACCCUACAAGUCUGAACGUUAUUCUCUUGGGCAUUGACUCAGUUUCGAAACUAAACUUUUUCAGACAUUUUCCUAAAACAAAAGCUUUCUUAAAAGACAAAAUGAAUACUUUUGACAUGAAGGGGUAUACGAAAGUAGCAGACAACACAUUUCCGAAUUUGGUACCAAUGCUUACAGGUCAUUUCGUUGACUAUUUUUGGAAUGAGUCAAUGGCCGAUACAUUCUUUUUUGACAACAUAAGUUUGAUCUGGAAAGACUACUCCAGAUAUGGCUACAGAACAUUUUACGCUGAAGACAAGCCAUAUGAUGGAACUUUUAAUUACUUCAGAAGAGGAUUUUUUGAACAACCGACUGAUUAUUAUUACAGACCAUUGGCACUAAUGAUCGAAGUCUCUAAUUUGAGAAGUGAAGCAUUAAAAUACAACUCAACUUGUCUGAAUUCUGAAUUAGAAAUGGAUUUUAUUAAUAACUAUUUGAGGAACUUUGUGAAAACCAUGGAUAAGAGACCAUAUUUUGCUUUUGUCAUGCAAUCUACUCUCACACAUGAUGUCUUGAACUACGCCAGUUAUGCCGAUGCCCCGACUGUGAGACUACUAAAAGCCCUUCAUGAUGAUGGUUCACUGAACAACACACUUCUUGUCAUUUUUAGUGAUCAUGGUAUCAGGUAUGGUGAUAUGAGAUACACAUAUAUCGGUAAAUUCGAAGAACGGAUGCCUUUUAUGUACAUGCACAUACCAAAAUGGUUCCUCAAUCAGAAUCCUGAUAUCGAAAGGAAUAUGAUCAUAAACCAAGACAGAAUCAUUACCCUUUUUGAUAUCCAUGCAACUUUGAAACACUUACUUCACCUGAAGAAUCAAGUCUCUUUGGAGGACAGCGACGAGUUCGGGAUGAGUCUUUUUAACGAAAUACCAGAAAGUAGGACAUGUGAAGAUGCUUAUAUACUUCCACAUUGGUGUCCUUGUACUAAUUUUAACCCUGUUUCAAAGAAUGAUCUGGUUGUUAUAAAAGCUUCCAAUGAGCUCGUCCGCCACAUAAAUGAACUUUUGCAACCUCAUGCUGAUGUAUGCGAGACAUUAGAACUUCAUGAAAUAAAAGACGCUUUACUCGGAUUGCCUAAUGAAUUAGUACUAAAAUUCACCGGGCGUAGGGGUAUAGUUGAAAAUGCAGUUAUCGGAUUGGGUGAGGUACCACCGACCCUUGGCGACUAUCUUAUCACACUCUCAACUCAACCAGGUGGUGCCAUGUUUGAAGGAACAGUACGAUAUGACGAUGAAAUGGGCUUUGCGAAAGUAAUGGGCGUAAGUAGAAUCAACAUGUAUGGCGCGCAAUCAUGGUGUAUAGACAGUCCAAAACUUAAGCUUUAUUGCUACUGUAAAACACAGCUUUCAUGACUGUUUUGAAUUAUGUGAUGUUUCCAAAUGUAACUGAAAAAGAUGACUUUACCAAAUUUUACGAAAGCAAGUUAAUAACAAAAUAUAUAAAUUAAGAAAAUAUAUGAAUCAACUUAGUUAACUUGCUGGAUUUAAAUUUUUUGUGCAAUAGAUUAUUUUAAAAAGCCUGAACAUCAAUCCAAUUCUCAGAUUUAUCUUAAUAUUUGAUUGUUUUACAUGGUUUUUUUUUAUGCCCGUGAAAGUUUUACGCACAAAAAUAUCUGUCCGUAACUUUAACUACAUUCAGUAAAUUAUUAUAGUCUUUUUUUUUGUAUAUUUUAUGUAAUAAAAUAAAUAUAACAUUUUCUUCA